GCUCCAAACUCGACCCUACACAUCGUCUUUAGCCUCGAGAGGAUUUUUCUUCUUCGACCAAUUCUUCCUCACCGUCGUUGUCGGAGAGUUGGAGAGCUCUGAGAUUCUGUUGCAAUAAAGGUUAUUUCUUGAGGGUUUUUUUUUUCAAGUAGUAGCUUGAUUGAUUAAAAGUUGAACAAUGGAUUUUGAUGAGUAUGAUUAUUUGGAGAAAACUGUUGAAAAUCCUGAAUCACAGAAAGUGAAAGAGACCGUUAAUGGGGGUGAUGAGACUGUUAAAUCAGGGGAAAAGGAGCGUAGUCGCAGUUCAAAGCAUAAGAGUGAGGACAAUGAUGAUGAUUUGGAUCGCCGUUCGAAGCGCUCAAAAUCUGGAGAUGAUUCUCGUGAUCAUGACAGGCGGAAAGAGAGGGGAUCAUCUCAUCCUCGCUCAUCAUCCCGAGAUGGAGAGAGGGACCGCCACAGGAGUAGCCGUGAACACAGAGAAAGAGACCGAGACAGAGACAGGGAUAGGGAGGAGAGGAAUGGGAAGGAGAGAGACAGGGAGAAAGACAGAAACAGAGAGCGGGAUCGUGAUCGGGAUAGGAGAGAGCGGGAUCGCGAAAGUGAGAGGGAGAGAGAGAGGGAGAGGGAAAGAGAGCGUUCCCGCAGAAGCAGGAGCCGAUCAGAAAAGCAUCUAAGUGAACGGGAUGAGAAAGACAGGGAGAGGAGUCGGGAAAGGGAGAAUAAAGAAAGAGAAAGAGAGAGGGAGAUAAGGGAGCGGGACAGAGAAACCAGGCGACAUAAAGAUAAAAAGGAAGAAGUGGCAGAGCCAGAGGCUGAUCCUGAACGGGAUCAGAGGACUGUGUUUGCUUAUCAGAUUUGUUUGAAGGCGGAUGAAAGGGAUGUCUAUGAAUUCUUCUCGAGAGCUGGCAAGGUACGAGAUGUGAGGCUUAUUAUGGACCGCAAUUCAAGACGUUCCAAGGGAGUUGGAUACAUUGAAUUUUAUGAUGCAAUGUCAGUUCCCAUGGCAAUAGCACUCUCUGGUCAGCCUCUCCUUGGUCAACCGGUGAUGGUCAAGCCAUCAGAAGCUGAAAAGAAUCUGGUUCAGUCAACUACAGCUGCAGCUGGUGGACCUGGAGGGCUUAUAGGGCCCUAUUCAGGGGGGGCUAGAAGGCUGUAUGUUGGGAAUUUGCAUUUCAACAUUACAGAAGAUCAACUUCGCCAGGUAUUUGAACCGUUUGGUACUGUAGAACUUGUGCAACUGCCUACUGAUCUGGAGACUGGACAUUGCAAAGGUUUUGGUUUUGUGCAGUUUGCACGUCUAGAAGAUGCUAGAGCUGCACAAAGUUUAAAUGGACAAUUGGACAUUGCUGGGCGGACAAUCAAGGUUUCAGUGGUUACUGAUCAAGCAGGAUUGCAAGAUAUUGGUGCAAAUGCAGGUGAUUUUGACGAUGAUGAAGGUGGUGGUUUGUCCCUGAAUGCUCGUUCUAGAGCAAUUCUCAUGCAGAAGUUGGAUCGCAGUGGCACCACUCCAGGCAUUGCUGGUUCACUUGGCUCCCCUGUGCUUAAUAACCCUGGCCUUCCUCUAUCAACAGCCCCUAUUCUUGGUGCUGCACCUGUAGUGUCGCCUCUUGUUGCUCCUCUUGUACAGGCCCCGGUUCCUGGACUUGCAGGAUUGCCAGGUGCUGGUCUUCAAGUUCCAGCUGUUACUGUUCCUUCCAUUGACACUAUUGGUGUCCCCAGCGAAUGUUUGAUGUUAAAGAAUAUGUUUGAUCCCAAAUUAGAGACGGAGCCAGAUUUUGAUCUGGACAUUAAAGAAGAUGUUCAAGAUGAAUGCUCUAAGUUUGGAACAGUGAAGCAUAUCUAUGUAGACAAGAAUAGUGCUGGUUUUGUAUUCUUGCGAUUUGAUAACACACAAGCUGCAAUAAGUGCACAACGUGCCCUACAUGGUAGAUGGUUUGCUGGGAAGAUGAUCACUGCAACAUUCAUGCUGCCCCAGAACUAUGAGGCUAAAUUCCCGGAUAGCAGAUAAGAGUGCUGGAUUCUAGAUUCUGGAUUCAUUGCUGAGUCUAAAUCGGAAAGUAGCCAGUAUACAUGUUAAUAUUGGCUUUGAAUGUACUUGCUCUGAUGUUCUGAUUAGGAUGGCCGAUACAUGUUGCAGGUCUUUAUGUAACAAAAGAACCAGUUUAUCAUCUGGGUGUUUCACCAAUUAUAACUGCCACCAAAAGCUCAACAGUGAAAGGGCGGGUUGCUUACAGAUUUCGUGAAAUUAUCACUCUCUUGUUUUUUUGGUUGAAAAAUUCAGGACUGUUUGUAAACCUUUUUGCCACUUAUUUGUUUAUUUUGCCACCAGUUUUCGAUAUAUUCUUUGUGCUAUGGACUUGCUAA